GAGAAUUCAGAUAAACUCAAACCUCUUAUUUGGGUCCUGUACCUCUCAAAAUAAAUCUACAGCUGUUGCUAUAUAUAAUUCACUUCCUGUUUCAUGAGACACAACUUUUGCUCUCCAUCUUUCAUGUACCUCCCACAAUACAAAAAUACAAAGUGCUGUGCUGAUUCAGUGUAGAAGGGUUGAGUGCUAAACUUUUAAUUUCUUGAUUAUAUAGCCGUGAAAAGCAUUAUCCUUAAAACCUAAAUGUGUGUCUUUUAUAGUGGUUCAUGUGUGUGUGGUUAGUUUUUGGAUUCCCAGCACUUUCCAUGAGAAAACUGAGCACUAGAAGUUUACUAAAAACAUCAUACUCUGUGAAAUGUCAAGGCCAAAUUUAGUAAGGGGAUGUCACUUAAAAGGACUAUACCAAUGUUUUUGCAUAUUUUAUUUUUGUGCCUAGUACACACUUCUUCACAGGGCUGCAGACCAUUUCAAAAGUACCUUCUUUCCAGUUUGCAUUUAUUUUUCAUAUUAUAAUGAAAUUAAAUUCAGUUUAAUUAUCAUCUUGGUAGAGAUGGGUCAGUUAUGAAAGUCAUAGUGUUGUGGCAAACAAUGCUUAAAGUGCAUAAUAAGUUGAAAAGUAUUCCCUUUAGCUAGCUGCAGAAGUACAAACAACUACAGUAAACAAGUCCACUGAUGAAUAAUGUCACAGGCAUCAAGUGAACUUAGGGUUCGUGGUCAAAUUAAUGGAAACGAAUUGCCUGCUGCAAGGUAGACGGAUAAUGGUUAAGCGCCAUGCCAUUAUUUUGAAGGCAAACAAACCAAACCGGAAGAGGCUUGUCUGAUUUCCGCUGUGCUAACGGAUGUUAACGGAUGUGGCUACAAAGGUUCUUUUCCUCACAACUUCUUUAAUUUGAAAAACAAGAACAAUCUCGUCAUGGCUUCUUCCAUGGUGCCCAUUAAGAUUGGAAUAAUUGGUGGUUCAGGCCUUGAUGAUCCAGAUAUCUUGGAGGGGAGGACUGAGCGUUAUGUGGACACACCGUAUGGAAAGCCAUCCGAUGCUCUGAUACUGGGGAAGAUAAAAAAUGUGGAGUGUGUGCUCCUUGCAAGGCAUGGGAGACAACACACUAUAAUGCCGUCCAAUGUGAACUACCAGGCCAACAUCUGGGCACUGAGAGAAGAGGGCUGCACACAUCUGCUGGUUACCACGGCCUGUGGCUCACUCCGGGAGGAGAUUCAGCCAGGAGACAUUGUCAUCAUAGACCAGUUCAUUGACAGGACUACCAAGAGAGCUCAGACGCUGUAUGACGGGCAGUCCACCAGUCCUCCAGGAGUGAGUCACAUCCCGAUGGCCGAGCCUUUCUGUAACAGAACCAGAGAUGUCCUGGUGGAGGUGGCACGGAGCCUGGGGGUCAAGUGUCACGUCCGAGGGACCAUGCUGAGUAUCGAGGGGCCGCGCUUCUCCUCGCGGGCCGAAAGCCUGAUGUUCCGCCAGUGGGGCGCCGAUGUCAUCAACAUGACCACCGUGCCGGAGGUGGUCCUCGCCAAGGAGGCCGGCUUGUGCUAUGCCAGCAUUGCCAUGGCAACUGACUACGACUGUUGGAAGGAGCACGAGGAGGCGGUCUGUGUUGACAACGUGCUGAAGACGAUGAAGGAGAAUGCCAACAAAGCCAGCAGUAUCCUGCUGACUGCAAUACCUCAGAUUAGUCAGAUGGACUGGGCUCAGACAAUGAGGACCUUGAAAUCAAUGGCACAGUCUUCAAUAAUGUUGCCGAAACACUAAGCGUGUAGAAAAGGAUCCAAGACACCACCCGCACCGGCACGGACAACAGACUCAACUCUGCCUGUGGAUUUGUCAUCAGUGAAUCACAAAAAAAGUGCCUCACAUAAAUAAUGCAUGUGCUCUGUCUCAAGCUGGAGUCUGUUUUUUUUUUUUGUUUUUUUUGACUCAAAGUCCCCCCCACCCCCACCCCCACGGUUCACUCCCUGUUGUCUGAAACACUCAGUAUUCCACCACAUGUUCAGGUACGAUACCGUCAACAUCAAGGAAGUCUUCUAAAUAUUAUUUUUUGUGGAUUUAUAUUUUUUGUGGUCUGUAAACAGAUUUAUGUAUCUGCCUGUAAACCAUUGGUGUCUUUAUUGCUGUUAAUGAAGUAUACAAUAAAAAUGCUUUGUUCAAUACACGAAUACUUUGUUACUGCCCUAGUUAAAACAAAUAUAGUUUCUAUGUCAAAUCUGAAGUAUGACAUUUCCUCUAGUAAAAUAUUUUAAAUGCCUGGGUCAGAAUUUUUUUUCGUAUUUUGUGGAAUACUUUCAAUGUCAUUGCUCUUCAUGACUGAUGCAAACUAUUGAAUCAGCUAAUUGACAGUAUUUUGGAGUACUUUUGAGAAACUGAUGACCUACAUUUUUGUACACUUACGUUUGAUAUAAUGUACAUCAACAUAAUGGAGUUGGCCACAUCUGUUACUGCUCAUGUUUGUCAUUUCCGUUUUCUUAUCUGCAUUUGCUUCUCCUGAAUUUCAUCACACUCCACAGUAUCUUCACAUAUUUGUUUCCUCUCUGUUGGCUUGUCUCUACAAUAUGAACGCAUUAUGCAGCAAACAUUAGCUCAAUAAAAACUACUGUGAUUAGUGCUUUAAA